GAGGGACUGAUAUGCAAACAGGGAUUGAGGAGUGUAUGCAGAUAUUGAGCAGGAGAGUUUGAUCUCCAUUUGAUUGAAGAGCACAACACAGAAAUAUUUCAACCUACAGUGCAGGAGACGAGCAUGAGUUCCUCUCAGAAGGGCAUAUCUCCCAUUGGGCAGGGCCGAUCAGAGUCCCCAGUCUACACUAACCUCCAGGAGCUAAAGAUCUCGCAGUCCUCUCUUCCUUCGGUGCCCUCCUCCUCCCCUCUGCAUAUCCUGGGCGACUGGGAGAUGCACAAAGACUCGAGUGGAAGAAACUUUUACUACAACCGCACAACUCAGGAGAGGACCUGGAAACCACCCCGCUCACGAGACAACGGUCUCAGCCGUGGGGACAUGUCCAGCACUGGGGACAUGGAGCAUUUGUCAUCCGAAGAGAACUGUCUCAGCACUCGCUCCAGUCAGUCAGACAGUCAGUAUGGAUCGCCCCCUAGAGGCUGGUCAGAGGAACUGGAUGAACAUGGACACACUCUCUAUGUGUCUGAACACAAUAAUGAGAAGUGGAUUAAACACGUGGAUGAGCAAGGAAGGCCGUAUUACUACAGCGCUGACGGAUCUCGCUCAGAAUGGGAGUUACCAAAAUAUAAUCUCUCCCCUCCAAACUCAGAAGAAGCUCCGAAGAGUCAAAGUUUGGAGAGGAAACCGCAAGAGCCCAUUGUCCUGACCAAGUGGAGACACAGCACAUAUGUGCUGGACAUCAGUGACAAGGAGUCUGUACAUGCCAAACAGAUCUCUCCUGAAUCAGACUCCUGCCCCGCUUCACCAAAACACUCCUCUACUCCCUCAGAAAAGUGUGGUGUGCUCAAUGUCACCAAGAUCACUGAACAUGGCAAGAAAGUCAGAAAGAAUUGGGCCUCCACCUGGACUGUUCUUCAGGGAUCCGCAUUGCUGUUUGCAAAGGGUCAGGGCACCGGCACUAGCUGGUCGUACUGCCGCAAUGGUUCCUUCCCUGAACUCCUCCUUUCAUUGCUAAGUAACUGGAAGCGUUCGAUUAAGCUCCAUCCUGCAGUGUCCUAUAAGACGCACUGUAGGCGUGUCCGGGCCCCCUCUUUUGGAGGGAACCAGUCCAAACCAGAAUUCACAGUGGAUCUUCGAGGAGGUUCAAUCGAGUGGGCAUCCAAAGAGAAAUCCAGUAAAAAGCAUGUUAUUGAGCUGAAGACACGAGUGGGCACAGAGCUGCUGAUCCAAUCAGAGAUAGACAGUGUGAUUAAUGACUGGUACAAAGCCCUGUCUGAGACCAUCAACACACAUGCAUGGGAGUCUGAUGAGGCCAUUGAAGAGGACAUGCCUGAAUCACCAGGAACUGAGAAGCAAGACAAAGAGAAAGAACACAGAGACUCAAAGAAAAGAGCAUUGAAGAACUCCUCCAGUAUGGAGUCCUCCGAACAGAAGAAGACAAGAGUCAAGCUAAAAAAGUUUCUUACUCGUAGACCCACCUUACAGGCUGUCCGAGACAAGGGCUACAUCAAAGAUCAGGUGUUUGGCUGCAGUUUGACUUCCCUGUGUCAGAGAGAGGGAACCUCCAUACCCAACUUUGUCAAGAUGUGCAUUGAGCAUGUGGAGAGUACAGGCUUGAAUGUUGAUGGCUUGUACAGAGUCAGUGGAAACCUGGCAGUCAUCCAGAAACUGCGCUUUGCAGUCAAUCACGAUGAAAAAGUGAAUAUGGAUGACAAUAAAUGGGAGGACAUUCAUGUGACUACAGGUGCUCUUAAGAUGUUUUUCCGGGAGCUUCCAGAGCCCCUUUUCACCUAUGCAUCCUUUAAUGAUUUUGUCGAAGCCAUCAAAAACUCAGAUUACAAGCAGCGAGUCCAAUCCAUAAAAGACUUGAUCAAACAAUUGCCAAAACCAAAUCAUGAAACAAUGAAAGUUUUAUUCAAACACCUGAAAAGGGUGAUUGAUCAUGGCGAGGUGAACAGGAUGACUACCCAGAGCGUGGCUAUCGUGUUCGGGCCAACCCUGCUGCGGCCGGAAAUUGAGACGGGCAAUAUGGCCGUUUAUAUGGUCUAUCAGAACCAGAUUGUAGAACUCAUCCUUCUAGAGUAUGAGAACAUUUUUGGCAGGUAGAAAAUCUCUGGAAGGUAACGAACCUUCAAGUGACGCCACCUGAAAAUGAAUCCUUUGAAACUUUAACAUCUCGUAUCCAUUGCACUAUAAGAAAACAAAGACAAGCUUUAUUGUGACACAUAAUGCACCACUGCUGUGGAACAAGCUUAAAAGAAGAAAUUAACAGAAACACAUGGAUUUACUGUGACUUAUGACUGGAUAUAAACAAGGUCAAUAAAUACAGGAAGGUUCUUUAUGCACUUAAUAUUGUUUUUGAAGUUUUGAGGAUAUACACAUUUCUUCCUUUGUAUUUUACCCUUUGGAUUAUCAUUCCUGAGGUGGUGGUAUCUUUGUUCUUGGCUUAGAAUAAGCUGGACUUUUGGACAAUUAUGGAUGAUCAUUAGUCCCCAUGAUGCACUCUUUUUGGAAGAUGGGAAUAAUUCCUAAAUUGGACACUGGAAUGGACUAUGUAGCCAGUAUUGAUCCCUAGCAUAAAAACUGUGGACUGAGUGGAUGCUUUAAAGACUUUUGCCAGAUUGAGUUCUUUUAGUGAAAUGACAGUAGACCUGUUUUUUUGGGUUUAAUUGAUUUCAGACAAGGAUCUGACUUUAUCUGGGCUAUCCCAAGCUUGGA